AUGCCGAGUGUUUCGCUUUCGACGUCUGACAUGUGUCCGCCCACACCACGCUCACCGCACACCUCAAAUUUAAUUUCAGAAGCUCGUUUUUCAAUAUUGUAUCCAAGUUCAAAUUCCCUACGAACAUGCGGCCAAACGAAUCGAAACGAGAAAACACCCAACGAGAUCCGAUUGCGGCAUUCAAUGUCUACAGUAAAUGUCUCAAUCGUCUCAUUUACCGAGUUUCAAUACCCGUCGGUUGAUUGCAUUUCCACCAACCAGCCGCCACGACGUGCGAGCCGCUCAAAUAAAAGCGAACAAUGGCUAUGGGCCGUAGACGGACCAAAUCGAUAUUAA